AGGACACCACUUCGCUGGGCGGCGUCUAGGAAGCAUCAACUCGCCAUGCAGUUCCUUCUCAACCAAGGCGCUGAAGUCGGAUCGAAGGACCCGGCGGGUAAGACGUCGCUUAGCUUGGCAGCAUUUGGAGGGCAUCAAUUUGCCACGAAGCUUCUUCUCAGCCAUGGCGCCGACAUCGAAACGAAAGACGAUGCUUCUGAUCUUCCGACGCCCUUAAGCUGGGCAGCGAUGGGUGGGCAUCAAUCCGCUGUGGAUACCCGGGCUGUUCUCGCCCAUGGUGCCGAUAUCGAAGCGAAAGACAAUACAGACCGAACACCGCUGAGCUGGGCGGCCAUGGUUGGACGCGCAGAGAACGUAGAGCUUCUCGCCCGUGGCACCAAUACUGAAGCGAAGGAUAAUACGGGUCAUACGCCGCUAAGCUGGGCGGCUGAAAGGAGAAAGAAUUCGCCAUUCUUAUGGAAGUCUGAGCAGGAACGUCAAGCCAAUAUCCGGGUUCUUCUCGAUCAUAGUGCCGAUAUCGAAGUAAAGGAUAAUACAGCUCGGGCACGGCCGGGUUGGGCGGGAUAG